CUAUAUAUAACCACUCUCUCCAUAUCGAAACUUUAAUUAAAGACACACAAUCAAUCUCUCAAAUCAUGCCCUUCUCCAAAAUAGCAGCGGAGAAUGAUGUAGCUAGCUCGGCGGAGAAGCCACCGGUGGUGGUGAGAGAAUACGAGCAAGUGAGAGAUAAGGCGGCGGUGGAGGAGCUCGAGAGGCGGUGUGAGGUCGGGCAGCCCGGGAAGCCGUCGCUCGUGACCGACCUCAUGGGAGACCCUAUUGCUAGAGUCCGCAACUUCGUCUCGCACAUUAUGCUCGUGGCUGAAUAUAAUGAUGGGAGAGAAAUAGUUGGGGUGAUAAGAGGGUGCAUAAAAACGGUGACGAGUGGAAAGAGCUGCAGCCAAUCUCCAAUCUAUGUGAAGUUGGCUUAUAUUCUUGGAUUAAGGGUUUCAUCCACACAUAGGAGGCUUGGUAUUGCUACAAAACUAGUCCAAGAAUUGGAGGAGUGGUGCAAGAAAAAUGGAGCAGAAUAUGCGUAUAUGGCUACCGAGUGCAGCAACCAAGCAUCCUUGAAUUUGUUCACUCAGAAAUGCAAUUAUGUGAAAUUCCGAAAUCCAACGGUCCUGGUGCAGCCUGUUCAUUUUCACGAGAAGCCGUUGCCGUCUGAUGUUGCGGUGGUCCGAGUUCCUCCCGAUGUAGCUGAAUCGGUGUACCGGAACAUAUUCUCGGGUUCGGAAUUCUUCCCUAAAGACAUCGAUCGUUUACUAAGUAACAAGCUGAAUUUGGGCACUUUGAUGGCGUUACCAAAGAAAUUACUCCCAAAUUGGAACCCUAACUCCGGCGAGUUACCGGCUUCUUUCGCCAUACUUAGUGUUUGGGAUACAAAGGAAGUGUAUAGGUUACAAGUGAAGGGAGUUUCGAGCCUAACACAUGCUGCCUGCCUAGGAACUAGGGUUAUCGAUGCUAUGGCACCGUGGCUUAAAAUCCCAUCGGUCCCUAACAUUUUCAAGAAUUUUGGAUUUUAUUUCAUGUACGGACUGCAUAUGGAAGGUAAAGAUGGUCCCAAAUUAAUGAAAUCGCUAUGCAAAUGGGUGCAUAAUAUAGCGAGGGACGACGCUGAUUGUAGGUUGGUGGUGGCGGAGGUGGGCCAAAACGACCCCGUUCGAGAGGCUGUUCCACGUUGGAAGAAAUUCUCAUGGGAUGAAGAUGUUUGGUGCAUAAAGAGAUUUGGACAAGUCAAUCAGGAUUGGUGCAAAUCUCCUACGUCGUCUUCUUCGAUUAUAUUUGUUGAUCCACGUGACCUUUGACCAUAGCUAAAUCGUAAACACUAUAUAGGAACGAUGCAAGCUUGUAGGUUGUUUCCAAAUUAUCAUAUAACUCUUGAUGAUCUUGGAUAACUUACACGAUCACUUCUAUUUCUAGUAAUGCAAAUUAAAAUCAAUUGUCAAAAA